GGAUCACACCUCUUUUCAGGUUUACAUCUGGACUCAGCCGCACAACCUGCUCCCCGUCAAAAUCUUGCCCUCAGCGUACACCCACAGCCCUGCUUGACGUAUUUACAGCUGGAAGAUGAAUUAUCGGCUCUCUGCGAUUCUUUUGCAGCAGUGUAAUAGUUAAAUCAGUGCCGAAUGCGUUUUUUGAUGUGGUGUGUGGUGCCUCAGAUUGAACAGUCCUCUACAGUGAGAAGAUGGCGUCGGACGGAGCGAAAGGGGAGCAGCCACCUCCGCUUCAAACACUGGUAACUACUGGCCCUGGAAGCGUCGAGGCGAAAUGUGAGCUGAACAUCGACAACCUGAGCAAACCAGAGCUCCUGACCCUUCUGAGCAUCAUGGAGGGAGAACUUGAGGCCAGAGAUCUGGUCAUUGAAGCUCUUAGGGCUCGUAGGAAAGAAGUGUUCCUGCAGGAGCGAUAUGGACAGUUCAGUCUGACGGACCCGUUCCUUGCCCUGCAGAGGGACUUCGAGUCAGGGACUGGGUCAAAGGACCGCAGGCCUGUUAGUGCGAGUCCAAUUACUGUGCUAGAAGCUGUUAUGGCCCAUUGCCGUAAGAUGCAGGAGAGAAUGUCUGCCCAGCUCUCAGCUGCUGAGAGCAGACAAAAGAGGCUUGAAAUGGAGAAACUGCAGCUGCAGAGCCUGGAGCAGGAACAUAGGAAGCUGUCUGCUCAGCUGAAGGAUGAGCGAGAGAAAAACAAACACGUGGUGAUGUCACUGGUGCAUGAAUGCAAGCAGCUAGCUGCUCGUGUGGUCGAAGAGAACCAGCGCUUUGAGGAGCUCUCAUCCCGCACUGAGCAGGAAGGCCGCUCUUUGGGACGACUGGAGGAAGAGCUGGCAUCCGAACGACAUCGUAGCCAACAGAUGGAAGCGGAAAUGGAGAAACAGCUGGCCGAGUUUGAUACAGAGCGAGAACAGCUACGGUCUAGGCUUAGCCGCGAGGAGAUGCGUGCUGUGGAGCUGCGAGCUGAAAGUGAGAAUCUCCGCCAGCAGGUGGAGCAACUAAGAACUGAGCGAUGCAAAGACGCCCCACCACUGCCUUCUGCCCAAAUUAAAACUGUGGCAUCUGUGGCUGUGGGCACUGAGGCCACUGUCUGUAAGGCUGUCUCUUCACAGACAGAUGUAAUGCUGGAAAAUGAAGUUGCUAAGAAGGUGCCACUUUCCAUCCCCGUCAAGCCUACAGGUUCCACCUAUGCUAGCAUGAACCUACCUAAGACUUCCAGUGUGGGGCGUGGGCUACACCACGGGAGCACUCAGGCAGAAAAUGGAGGAGAGGGCCAAAUGCAUGCACAUGGUUCACAUUCACCUGGUGUGUCUGCUACCUUGCCGACUGGGGUCAGUCCUCGCGUCCAGGCGGCCCGUUACAAAUUCCAACCCUCUGCUUCGGAGCAGGACCAAAAUGGAACCGCAAACCAGAGCCCCCCUUCCCGCGAUCUGUCCCCCACAAAUCGAGACAACUUUGCAGCCAAACAGCAGGCACGCCACACAGUCACACAGGUUCUCUCCCGCUUUACAAGCCCUCCAGCAGGGGGGCCCCCUGCAGCCCUUCGCCCUGGUCUGUCACACUCCGCAUCUGAGGGGGGACCAUUCACCGGGCGUUUGGGCCACCCUCAGAUAGGCCUUAAAUCACCAACUGUGGCCCGCAUUGACCGGGGUAACCCACCUCCCAUCCCACCAAAAAAACCAGGACUGUCCCAGACACCCUCCCCUCCACACCCACCAAUCAAAGUAGUAGGUGAAGGUAGCAGGUCCCCAGGAACAGGACUGGGGGUGGGCCUUGCCAAAUCAACUGCCACCCCUCAGCUUCCACCAAAGCCCUCCUUAGAUUUGGGCGGUACAGUCCCAGCCUUGACUGCAUCACAGGUGGGUGCUUCCUGUACUAGCUGGCCGUGGGGUUCACAAACGACAGCAGCAUGUGUGGAGAGUCCCACUGUCACCACCUCCUCCACAGCUACCAUUGUCAGUAGCCCCUCCAUAAACCCACCUAGCCUUCCAUCCCAUAGUACCAAGCACCCGGGCAGCCCCCUGGCAGCAGCAUCAGGCUGGUGUCCCUCCAUAGUCCCCUCGCUAACCUGCGGUGACCCCGUCCCCCUGGAUGACGGGCAAACCCUUCUCCUCCAAGCUGCUUCCCAGGGAAAUGUCACUUUAUUGUCUAUGCUGCUUAACCAAGAUCCACUUUUGGAUAUUCAUCACCAUCAACAUGAAUUAACCUCUGCCUUGAUCUCUGCUGCCUUUAAUGGACACACAGACUGCUUAAAUUUGCUCCUGACAUCAGGGGCAUUUGCUGAUGCUGUUGAUGAAACAGGAUUUACUCCGUUACAUGCUGCUGCUGAAAAUGGUCACCAUGGGUGUGUGAGAGCUCUUGUGAAAUGUGGAGCUGAUUUGGACAGGGAGUGUUCGCAGGGAAGGACCCCUCUGUACCUGGCCUGUGAACAGGGACAUGUGGAGUGUGUGAAAGUCUUGCUAGACACAGGAGCGGACUGUUCACAUGUCACGACUGACAACUGCACGGCUCUGCAUGCCACAGUUAGUUCAGGUCAUGUGGGCCCUCUGAAGCUCCUGCUACACCACCCAUCUCCUGAACCAGACCUGGGUCUCCCUGCAUCAACUUCAGGCCCCAACCAGGAGCUCCAACACCCUGGCAUAACCAAGGCCAGUCAAAUUCUCAACCACAGUAACCAGGAUGGCUGGACUGCUGCCCAUAUUGCUGCAUCCAGGGGCUACAAGAAAUGCCUGGAGGUUUUGUGUAACCACAGUCAACAGGACAUGGAGAAGAGAGAUAAAUCCAAUCGCACCAUACAUGAUGUUGCCACAGACGACUGCAAAGACUUACUAGAGAACCUGGACUGGUACAUAGUGGUUGUACAGGUGCUCAUGAGCUCACCAGAGCGUCUUUGCCCUGUGGAUCUCCUGGAGGAUGGCUGCGCUAUUGGCAAAGUUACAAUUCAGCGCCAUACUAGCUGGGAAGAACUAACAGGAAGCUUGAGUCAUCUUCUGACCAGUCACCUCCAGCUUAUUUGUGGGAGCUGGGAACUGGAGGAAUCCCUGGGCAGGGCAGACACUUUGGGGCUCUCUUCUAACAGCAUGGCCUCUGUAGAUAUAGGGGAUGCUGUAUGGUUGCCAGGGCAGGAGCUGCCUCAGUCUCCUUGGGACCUCGUUCGGAAGCGUUUUUGUCAGCGUAUUACCAUACAUCUUAAAGGCCUGUCAGAGUGCACUCUGGAUGAGAUGACGUACGACUCCCUGAUCCCUCUACAGCUGCUGCAGAACUAUGUCCGCCUGGUGGAACAGUACCAUAAUGUCAUCUUCCACGGGCUGGAGGGCAGCUUUCAGGAUUACAUCGCCAACCAGAUCUCUCAUUAUAUCAAGCACAGACAGGAGGCCCAGGGGACUGGCUGUGAUGUCGUCAGGGUGGAGGUAGACGAGGGUCUAUCAAAAGAGCACCUGCUGGAGAUCUUCAUCAACUGUGGGUUCCUGGUGUCUCUGCAUGAAGGCAGCGCUGGGUGUUGUGUUGUGGUGGUUUUGGAGGGUCUGCAGAGAGCCCACUCUCUCAGCCACCUCCUGGGAGACCUGUGCGAAGCCCUGGAGAACCGAGGAUCUGUCUAUUCCCUCUCUGUCAACCAUGGUCAGGAUGGGCUUUACUAUUUCCGUGAAGGGAGUUUUUUGAUUGGCACACUGGCCAAGCCACGCCUACAGGGAGCUGAGCUACGAUUACAGCAGCACUUCCGCUGGGUUCAGCUGCGCUGGGACACUGAGCCCCUCAAUGGCAUGCUGGGACGUCAUCUACGCAGAAAACUCCUCCACAAGGCUCAGGGCCGGUGCUGGACCGCUGAUGAUCCUGUCCACAAAUCGCUUUCUUGGGUGUGCUCAGUGUGGCACCAGCUCAACGCCUGCCUGUCACGUCUCGGGACCUCAGAGGCCUUGUUGGGACCCUAUAUCUUCCUCUCCUGCCCUGUGAAUCCAGAACAGACCCAAGCUAUUCCCAAGUGGUUGGCGAGGCUUUGGAACGCAGUGAUAGUUCCACGGGUCGAGGAUGCUGUUAUAUCUAGAGUAACAGCCAAGCUCUCUCCCUCGCAGCGACGCUUUCCCAACAACAGAGGUCUGAGCCCAGGUCAGAGGGCGGUAGUCAAAGCAGCUCUCAAUAUCCUGCUGAAUAAGGCUGUGCUGCAGGGCUGCCCGCUGUCCAGAACAGAGAUUGACAGAUUCUUACCAGAGUUCCAGGGAGGAUGUUUCCCUAUUUCCACCAUUGGCUCUGCGUAUAGGACAGGUGGCAGAAAAGGACAUGAUAAUGGCGCUUGGAGACGAGCCAAUACUUGUCCAAGGAAGAAAGUAAGCCCCGCCUCUGGGAGGAGCUCUAGCUGCUCUUUAAGAGAAGGAUCUCUGGCCAAUUCAAGCGCUCACUCAAUGACAAAUGUCAAUCAUGCAAGACUCGAUGAAGGAGUUACUGUGGGUCUGUCACUCUGCUCUGAUGAUGAGACGGAUCUCAUCAGAGAACUCCAGACCAUGUGCUCCAGCAAAUCUGAGCCAGACAUAAGCAAGAUUGCUCUUUUUAAAGAGGACUUCAUCAUGCUUCCAGACUCGAUUCCACCCACUCCUCGGAGGAGUGAUGCCAAGGUCACGCAGCCCCAAACGCACCCUGUUACAACAGAGUGCGCUGUGGAUAUGACCCAUCCUCCACCACAGAAGGCAAGUCUUUGAUAAAACACUAUGGCUCUGUUCCAAAGCCUACUGAGCCACCUACAUAGAUAGCUGCAUUCUAAGGGAACUUCCUUACAUGUCAUGUAGCCUCAUCAAUAAAUGAUUUGGAAUGUUUUACACAUAGUGAACAAAUAGAGCAUAGCCAGGUUCUGGAAGUAAACAUCCUGUUCAUUUUCUUCAUAGGGAAACAACUUAUAUGCUAUGACAGACUACUGUCUGUGUCUACCUACUGUGAACUUACAAGGUUGUCAAUAAAUGAUUGACAGUGGUCACACUUCUCCUCGGCGACUGACAAGGCCCAGAUCGCAUCUGCCCAUCCCCAGCAGCAGAGGGGCUCAGCAGGGUAACACCUCCAGCAGCAGCAGCCCUAGCAGAGCCUCCACGAGCAGCAGAGCAAGGCAGCCCCCAUCCCAUAACAACAGAACCAACUUCUCACAAGAAGACAUGUGGUUCCUGGACCCCAACUGUAAUGAAAGCUACAGUAACCGUUGAUAGACACCUCCCAAUGCCCUCCCUUUGCCCUCAGUCUGUUAUGUUACUGGCAGCAUUUUAGUAUUUGUACAUGUUGUCCAUACUUGUUACACUAUAUUACAUUUUGUAUUUUGGGACCAUAGUUUUAAUAUAUUCAACUGUUUAAGUAAAGAACUCUGAGGAAAAAAAGUACAAUGAACUAACAGGAGAAAGGCUGCUUGAACAUUUUACAAUUUGCCUUUUAGGUCAAAUGUUUUGGAUCAAAGUAAGAGCUGGUGGUGUUUUUGCUCUUUAGUAUUUUCAAUCAAUCGUAUUUUAUGUUUAAAUAAGUGAAAGGUGAGUUUUAAAAACUGUCGAAAAUCAGGGUUUUACCAAAUAUGUGUAAAUAAGAACUGGGAACUUAAAUGUUGUAUAGAUUAGUGUGUGUGUGUGUGUGUGUGUUAUUGCGCUUGUACGUUGGAGGAAUUUGAAGGGAAAGUGAAAACUGUAUAUAUUGUUUGUAAUAGUUAAAUUUUGGUUCAUAUUUUUUCACCCGUUUCCAAAUAAUCUGAAUGUGGCAAUAAGUACCGCCAUCGCGAACACAGGAUAUUUUUUUUUUUGUCUGUUAAGCCAUAAUUAGUAUUUCCAAUUACUCUCAUGCGUGCUCAGUGACUGGCUUGAACUUUGACUUUGUGAAACCCAACUAUGAAAUCGGAAGCAGCGCGCAUUAACUUUUUGUCUGUCUUCAAUAUUGAACAUUUAGAAUAAACAAGUAUUAUUUUUAAGUCAGUAUUGUUCAUAUGUACAGAAGAGAUUAUAGUCGACCUCUAAUGUUUAAAUGUAUUAUAGUUAUUGGAUGAGGUUCAGAGAAAUUGUCCUGUUUCCUCCAAGAACAACAAUUAAAAAUGCACUAUCCUAGA